CAGUUAGCAACAGAAAAACCUUUGUUGUAGUAGCAACAGAAUUUAGAUAUAAACAAGUUUAAGACUUAAUACAUAAAUCACAGAACAAUCACGUCAAAUCUCCGAGAAGACAACGGAACYAUGUAAAGUUUCACGACGGAAAAAUGGCCGACGAAGUUGAUGGGGAGUUUGUUCGUGACCAAAACACACAAGACUUUGUUAAAGGACUGAAAGAACGAGAAGAACUCAAAGCACAACUAGCAGAUAAAGAACGCGAAGUUAAUAGCUUAAAAGGACAGAAUUAUGACUUAAUGAAGAAGUUAGAGUCACUUCAGAAUCAGAUAGCAGAAUUGACGCCAAAGGGAGAUUCGGAUGGCAAAAAAUCAAGGCCAAUGACAGGACGCAAGCCAAAAAGACCAGCAAAGAGAAAAAAUAAGCCCGAUUCAAAAGACAGGAAAAAAUCAUCAGUUGAAACGCCAGCAAAUAAAGAGGUUGUCGACCCCUUUGAAGAUCCUGAAAAACUAUACGCAGAAAUAGCCUCCAAGUUCCCYGAUCUUCCAUUGUCAACUGUUUUAAACGCCGAGAAAAGAUUYGUAGAGGCAGAUAUCAAUCGUGACGGGACAAUCGAUGAUAGCGAGCUAGAAARGCUCCUCGAUAAGUGUUCAGCAGCACAAGGCACAGCUCUUUUUACAAAAGAUCAAAUCCAAGAUAUUAUGAGAAAAAUAGAUGUUGAUAAUACUCUUUCCAUUGACUUCAUGGAAUGUCUAUCGAUUCUUGAUCUUUUACGACAAAACCGCAAGACAGGACUCCCGUCGUCGAUACAAAAUCAAAAGAACUCAGCGGUUUGCAGCAUACAAUGACAUCAUCAUAUUAAACUACGUACMUUGAAAUAUCUCUAUAACGCGCGCUCUUAUUGGCUGAGAUGCAUUUCACCGGAGUACACAGCGCAUUCGCGAACCUCUAGCCAAUAGUCUUCAAGUAGAACAAGUACAGUGCAGUUUGACAUCUUGUCAAAAGUGUCAGCAGUGAAGUCUCAAUGCGUUUCAGUUCCUUAAAGGGACAUGGUCCACCAGCAUCCCUUUCGAGCUUUUGUUUAUGUUUGAAAAUAGAAAUACAUUGUAAUAUAAGCAAAAACUUGCUCUUUAUUAUUC